GGGAUCCCCACUCUCUCUUUUCCAUCCCGGCUCUUCGCAGCGGACCCCCACAGAGCCCCUAAAUUAGGGUGCCGCCUCGCCCCCCUUCUGGUGGCCACACCAUUGGCUGCGGAAUUGGGUGGAUUGAGAUUUCGUGCAUCGUCCCAAUUGUUUCGACCGCUGCCGCUGUCCGUUCCUUUUUCUAUUCCCUGUCACGCACGCUCUCGAGGGCUGAUCUCUUCUCCUUUUUAACCUUCCAGCUCCCCCCCCAGCUGGCCUUCCCCUUUCUUCGAGCCAACAUUCAUUAAGCCACCCUUCAUCCACCUCCUCUUUAAUCGACUCAUCCUCCUCGCUCGUUUAACCUUCCGACGUUCACGGUAGACGCCUGCAGUAUUUCUAUCGGAAAACUCUUCUCUAUUUACACUUCAGGAUGAAAGGUACAUUGUUGCUUUAAUCAUCCAUCCCAACUUGGCAACGGAAUUAUUGACACCUUGUCUUCUAGCCCUUAUUCUCGUUGGUGGUUUCGGUACCCGUCUAAGACCUCUUGUAUGAAUAUCCUCUCCGCCGGCUAGCUGAGUGGAUUAAGAUGGAGAAAUGAUGUCCGAGGGGAUUUCCCGCUGACCGUGGCUACCAUCCUUCAUCCAGACAUUGACCCUUCCCAAACCUCUCGUGGAAUUCGGCAACAAGCCCAUGAUUCUUCAUCAAGUUGAGUCUUUGGCCGCUGCUGGUGUUACCGAUAUUGUUCUUGCUGUGAACUACAGACCCGAUGUUAUGAUCAGUGUUCUCAAUAAGGUGAGACGACCUCUCCUCGAAGACUGGGGCAAUAGCUAAGCUUCUUCGCCUGCAAUAGUACCAAGAGCAAUACGGUGUCAACAUCACCUUUUCCGUCGAGUCCGAGCCCUUGGGGACUGCCGGCCCACUUAAACUUGCGGAGGAAACCCUGGGUAAGAACCAGGAGCCGUUCUUCGUUCUCAACUCGGACGUCAUCUGCGACUACCCGUUCAAAGACCUUGCUGCAUUCCACAAGUCGCAUGGACAGGAGGGAACCAUCGUCGUCACCAAGGUGGAAGAGCCCUCGAAAUAUGGUGUCGUCGUUCAUAAGCCGGGCCACGACUCACGCAUCGACCGCUUCGUAGAGAAGCCCGUUGAGUUUGUUGGGAAUAGGAUCAAUGCCGGUAUCUACAUUUUGAACCCCUCGGUCUUGAGCAGGAUCGAGCUCCGUCCCACAUCGAUUGAGCAGGAAAUUUUCCCUGCCAUUGUCAAGGAUGGAGAGCUACAUUCGUUCGAUCUGGAAGGUUUCUGGAUGGAUGUCGGGCAGCCAAAGGAUUUCCUGACCGGAACCUGCCUUUACUUGUCAUCACUGGCCAAGAAGAAUUCAAAAUUGCUAACCCCUUCUACCGAACCCUUUGUGUAUGGCGGAAAUGUCUUGAUCGACCCCACCGCAACAAUUGGUAAGAACUGCCGCAUUGGUCCCAACGUUACCAUUGGGCCGAAUGUCGUCAUUGGCGAUGGUGUUAGGGUUCAGAGAUCUGUUCUCCUCCAAGGGUCAAAAAUCAAGGACCAUGCGUGGGUUAAGAGCACUAUCGUCGGCUGGGAUAGCACAGUCGGAAAGUGGGCAAGGCUAGAGAACGUCACUGUCUUGGGAGACGACGUGACUAUUUCCGAUGAAGUUUAUGUUAACGGAGGCUGUGUGUUACCACACAAGACCAUCAAGGUUAACAUCGACGGCACGUCCUCCCUCUCGAUAAUAUGUGGACUCUUGCUAAUUUUAAGCCUGUAG